UAGAAAAUACGACAUCUUGCGACAGAUUCAGCAUUUGAAAUUUACAAACCAUCAAUAAAAUUAUCGGCGUUUUCAACAAAGAAUAAGGUUUUUGUUGGACUUACAAAAAUAUUUAAAAGUUUUAGCAAUAAAGGUAAUCUUGGAAUACAGAUGCAUUCUUUCCAGUGCCACAGUUUCUUCAUAACACUUGCGGCAAACAACGCAAAAAAUAACCGUUUUUAGCGCAACACACAUCACUAUUAAUUUAUUGUUGACCAAGAGACUACAUGAUUGCCGAUUCAGUCCGCACUCUACAGCAGUGAGGACCGCACGUCCCUUCACUAGCGAUUGUUUUGAAUAAAAUAACGGUAUCGCGACGUUAUUUUUGACAACGAUUUUAAUUAAGAAUCCAAUGCACGUACCAGGAUGACAGAAAAGUCUGGCGUAAGAUUCGAAGAAGCGGAGAGAAGACGGGGCCUGAUCUUAGCAUCCAUCGCUAUAGUAUGCGCUACCGUGGUGUACGUUGUACGAGGCUGCCCCACUCUUAUGGGGGGUGUAGCUUUAGUUGCGACGUACCUGAUGACAGGGGAUAGGUACCAGUGGGUGUAUAUUUGGAGGAAGACGCUGUCCAGGGACUUUUUAGGCCUACGAGUUCUUCUAAAGACCAUGUUCCAAGUAUGGGUUUGGGAGAAGAACGGAACAACUGUGGUGUCCAGAUGGGCGGAGGUGGCCAAGCAGUUUCCUGAGAAGAAGGCGUUCAUCAUGGAGAAUAGGGCACUGACAUUUAGAGAGGGCGACGAAUUCAGCAACCGUAUCGCGUGGUACUUCAAACGGCAAGGUUUCAAGAGUGGGGAGGUCAUAGCCCUCUUCAUGGAGACUCAGCCGGAGUACGUGUUCCUUUGGCUAGGACUCGCCAAACUGAAGGUCACUACAGCGCUGGUGAACACCAGUCUGAGAGGAGCACAGCUGAUACACUGCCUCAGGAUCGCUGGUUGUAAAGCUGUGGUGUUUGGGGAUGAGAUGAGUGAUGCAAUAAAACAAAUCCAGAACGAGAUCAGGGACAUACCCCUCUUCCAGUUCAAUUCCCCCGAGCGGUCCGAAGCCCCACUCAUAGCGGACACAGUGCCUCUAGCGGCUGAAAUCAACGACAUGGCUCCGGAACCUUUCCUGGACCCUGAACCAUCUAAGCCCAGAGAUACGUUGCUGUAUAUUUAUACCAGUGGGACGACUGGGUUCCCGAAGGCUGCUAUCAUCACUAACAUCAGGUUCCUACUAAUACCGCUAGGUGUCCACAAGUCAGCCCAGCUCAACUCCUCAGACAUCAUCUACGAUCCUUUGCCUCUUCAUCACACAGCUGGAGGUGUUCUUGGAGCUGGACAAGCAGUGGUUCUUGGAUGCACAGUGGUGCUGAGGAAGAAGUUCUCAGCUUCGAAUUACUGGAAGGAUGCUGCUAAAUAUGAGUGCACGGUAGCCCAAUACAUAGGCGAGAUCUGUCGCUACCUGCUAGCUGUUCCUCCCAGCGCCUCCGAUAGGGCGCACAAAGUGAGGGUCAUGGCGGGCAACGGACUCCGACCACAGAUCUGGGAGGAGUUCGUCGAGAGGUUCGGAGUGCAGAGGGUGCUGGAGUUCUAUGGGGCCACUGAAGGGAAUAGUAACCUUGUGAACUUGGAUUCCAAAGUGGGUGCCAUAGGUUUUCUCAGUCGGAUGGUGUCGUCAAUCUACCCAUUAACUUUAGUCAAAUGUGACGAGAUCACAGGUGAAAUUCUAAGAGACAGCAAUGGAAGGUGCAUCAGAUGUGGGCCUCAUGAACCAGGAGUCCUUUUAGGCAAGAUAGAUCCAAAAAAAGCCAUUCUUACAUUCGCUGGAUACGCCGACAAGACCGCUUCAGAGAAGAAGAUGGUCAGAGACGUGAAGGUGGAUGGGGACUGCUACUUCAACACUGGAGAUAUUCUUGUGAUGGACCACUUUGGCUACUUCUACUUUAAGGAUCGGACUGGGGAUACUUUCAGGUGGCGUGGUGAAAACGUAUCGACAGCUGAAGUGGAAGGUGUGAUCAGCUCUUUGAUUGGACUCAAGGAUGCAGUGGUUUAUGGGGUAAAGAUACCAAAUGUAGAAGGAAAAGCCGGCAUGGCAGCUAUCGCAGACCCAGAAAACAAAGUAGACCUUGCAUCCUUAGCUAAAGGUCUAAAAUCGUCUCUCCCAGCAUACGCUAGGCCUCUCUUCGUCAGAAUAAUGCCGGAACCUCCCUUGACAGUGACAUUUAAACUGAAGAAGAAGGAACUAAUGGAGCAAGGAUUUGCAAUAAACACACAUAAGGACCCUUUAUAUUUCCUAGACCAAAAGACUUGGGAGUAUGUUCCUUUAACCCCUAAAUUGUAUGACGAGAUAGUCCAGGGUAUAAUUAGACUGUGAUGGAUAUAGAAUAAAGUUAAGCCCGAUUUUCGCCAAGGCGGAGCCUAGCAGAGCGUAGAAGUGUUUUAAAUCAGGGAUGUUAAGGAUAUGAAGUUUCAGUUAUAUGUAUAGGGUUAUGGAUAUUAGAAUAAUCUUAUACCGGUUUCGGUUAAGUACGGUUACAGAUAUGAAAUCAUUUCGGAUUAUCCGAAAGUUUCGGAUAAUUUAGGUUACGGUUAAAUUAGAAUUUUUAAAAGGUAAAAUUCAAAUAGCAAAUAGCAAGAUGCGCGAAUCACAUAGCCACAACAAACAGGCGGAGAUAUUAGAUGAUGCCCGGGAAUGCCAGAUAAUAACAAAUAUUUAAAAAUAUUAAGAUUUAGAUUCCGCCUUUAUCCGAAACUUUUGAAUCGGUUACCGUUACGGAUAUCCGAUAGUUUCGGUUA